AUGACGAUGCUGCUGGUUCCCAUCAUCUUCCCAGAAGUCCCAGAAGCACGAAGAUGGGCCCUUGCCAUCUGUUGCAGGCCAGCGCCUGAGCCAGCUGCUCACAAGCCGUGCCUCGCACAGGGAUCAGCGCUGGGGUGCUGGACGUCUCAUGGUGAAGCCGCUGGUAAAAUAACACUCUUGGCGCAUCUCGGCGUCUGCGCGGCUUUAAGUCUUAGUGAAAGCUUGUAUGGUGGACGGUCUGAAAUCCUUGGUGCUUAUGGUGGCGGGAGGACUCUUGCAGAGGUUCCCCGUCGGGAAAGUGGAGGUGAGGCACAUGCCGCACAUGCCUCAUGCCAAGAAGCGGGAGCCGUACAUCUGCGAGGCCCUGCCUCUUUGGCAGCAUGUCUUCCGGACUUGCUGAUGGUACAUGCACGGUUCCGUCUCACCUGUCUUCACCGGCUGCGCUGUUGCGUGACUGGUCGCUGCUUGCAUGACCGGGCACUGCUGGCAUUCGGUCUGAUUCCCAACCGGUGUGGGGAACGGAAGCAUCAGGACCUUCAAGGCACUUUUGAGCGCUACAGCUCGAGGCAGAUUGAGGCCCUGUCGCAUCUUGACACGAUCGCCGAAGCAACUAAGUGGAGGUCUGUUGGAAAGUCCAGGCUUCCGGAACCCGAGUGCUACUUCAGCGAAGGCUGCAUGCAGGUGAUCUUCAGGUCUUCACAGAACGUCCAUGCCACCGCACGAUCGUCGCCGCUGGCAUGGCCAGGCACUGUCGAUACUCAGUCUGACUCCCGACUCUUUGCCGCUUAG